AGACCAUCUCCACAUUUAAACCUCGCUCUUCGUUUUCAGGACCCCUUGCGUCUCUUCGACCCUCUUAGGAAAAAAAAAAAAAAAAAAAACCAAAAGAAAAAAAGCCAUGACUACUACUGUACCGGUUCACUUGGUUGUGUUAAGCUUCACCUCCUUCCUGCUCCUACCAGUUUCUCACUCUGCGGAUGUUAAGUAUUGCGGUGCUAAAGAGGACUAUGCUGUGAAGGUCCAGGGAGUCAAGAUAUUGCCUGACCCAGUGGUAAGAGGCCAGGCAGCUACCUUCAACAUUUCAGCCACAACAGGUCAAGCCAUCUCAGGUGGGAAAGUGGUGAUUGAAGUUUACUAUUUUGGGGUGCGUGUACAUACGGAAACUCACGACCUUUGUGAGGAGCUUUCCUGUCCUGUCUCAGCAGGCAACUUUGUACUCUCUCAUACUCAAACUUUACCUGGGAUCACACCACCGGGCUCGUACAAUCUUAGGAUGACAAUUCAGGAUAAUCAUAACCACAAGUUGUCCUGCAUCAGUUUCAACUUCAAAAUUAUCUUCGGAUCUCUAGUCUAUGCUAGUUGAGAACCAACUUGCCAGUAUGCCAUGUAAUUGAUGAUAUAAGCAUAAUGUCUAUUCCAGUGUAGUUCAUGAGUAGCUGAAUACUGCAUGCUCUUGUAAAUACAAUAAAAAUACAGCACUUUGCAUAGAAGGAGAGUGUAGGAAUGAUGCAUUGCCUUUGCUGUAUAUUCAUCGUGUUUGUAAGUUAUACCACUGCCUAUUAUUGCUACUUUGCUAGUAUAUAUGGUAAGGAAACUUAAGAAAUCCCGU